AUGGAUGGUAUACGCACGACUGCCCAGGCAUUACGCGCUCUUGCAAAACAUGUGGAUAUGAAUGGAGUCAGUUCAGGUCCUCCGCAGAAGGGUCAGUGGCUACUGGAUAUUCUUGGACCUCGAAUGACCGUUGGAGCGGAUGCAGGGCCAUCGCAUUCGCAUGACCCUGUCACUGGCAGCACAUCCUACUCUGGGGCCACAUACUCCGCCGAUGCAAACCAUGUCGAUUCCAACCCUCAGCAUGCCGUCGUGCAGCCCUUCAUACAUGAUACAGACGCAGGCAGGAGUGGAACCACGCACUUUCCCAUGAAUAUGGAUGCUGUGGUCGACCUUGAACUUGAAGGCACCGACGCAACGCGUCCUCAACCGCAAAUAUCCGUCACGGAGGCGAGCGACGGGGAAGAUCAGCGAGCGGUUGAAGAGUGCGGCCCGCCUGAGGUAGAUGACGGCCACAUUAAGCGAGAGCUCGAAGAAAUCUAUGACGCGCCAGCCAGGGAGGAGGUUGCGAAACUCGAGAAGCCGCUGGAGCAGCAGCGAUGGAAACCCAGAUUCGCCUAG